GACGUAAGCUAAAAGCACUAUACUAUCGGCUAUCCGUCCAACAAACGGAAAUCAUCAAAUUGGCCAUGGCCGACGACGUGAUCCAGAAAAAAGGCCGGUCGGCUUCCAUCUGUGCACCCGGCUUCUCGACCAUGGAACAAAUGCUGGGCGCGAUUCCUCCGUCGGGGGUUAAGGAGGGAAACGUUGGUAGUGGUGGUGGUGGUGGUGGUGGUGGUGGUGGUGGUGGUGUCAGUGCUGGUGGCAAUGGUGCCAGAACUCCUGAGAAUAGUACACCCACAAGGAGACGCAGACCCGCCGCGAGGUCCCAAAGCGCACGAGUUUCUGGAGCCAAUAAAAGCAUCCGACGGAAAGCUGCUGCCCAAGCCGCUGCACAGCACAACCAUCAGGAAGGGGGUGUGAAAUCAGCACAUUGCAACAGUGAGCCUCGUCUGUCUGAGAACGAUGUCAGUCCAGGGAUCAGGAGACGCAACAGCCGUCGUGGUCAAAGCAUGCAUCAUGCCCACCAUAGAAAAAGCGCUGCUUUCCUUGACGUGCCAGAUACACCGGCGCAACAACCCCAACGCGAGGAAGGCGAAGACGAGGAUAGCUACAGAUUGCGCAGUUUUAGUCUCACCAGCAAGGGUGUCAUCAACAGAGGCGACUCGUUCAGAAGGAGGCGUUCACGUUCGAAUUCCUUGGUCCCUGCCGAGCAAGAAACUGUGGAAACGAAAGCGCCAUCAUCGACGGAAAUCGUGUCGUAUACUGUUGCUAUUCUGGGUGCCCAAGGGGUUGGAAAAACUGCCCUGAUCAGCCAAUUUAUGACCAGCGAGUGCAUCAACGCCUACGAUCGUCAAAAAGACAUACCAAGUGAACAGUCCGUCUUCAUAAUGCUGAAUGGCGAAGAGAGCGAAUUGAGAUUUUUAAACAUCACAAACCCGAAGGCGGAGUUGGAUAAGAUAUCCCAACCCGGUGCUUUCGUCGUCAUGUAUUCAGUCAUUGACAAGGCGUCUUUCCAACGAGCUGAAGAAUACUUGGCACACUUACACGAUCAGGAUCUUCUUCGAGGAAGGCCAGCCAUAUUGGUCGGUAACAAGAUCGAUUUAGCUCGGUCAAGAGCGGUGUCUUCGCAAGAUGGCAAGUGUAUGGCCUGCACUUAUCGUGCAAAGUUCAUCGAGGUAUCCGUCGGCAUCAACCACAAUGUAGACGAACUCUUAGUAGGGAUUCUGAAUCAAAUUCGAUUGAAGUGGAUACACGCAAGUUCCGAAAACCGUGGUGGAGGCGGGAGCGACGGAAGUGGCCAUUGGUACAAGUCAAGAGGAGUAGUCAGAGCCAGCAUGAAGGCGCGUCAGAUGUUCACCUGGUUGUUUGGUAAAGAGGACAGCAAAUUCAAGAAUUGCGAAAACCUUCACGUCCUGUAAUCGUAGGAUUGGCUGAACGACGCGUCAAGCUGCUCGCGUCAAGUUCUAACCGAGAAACAGAAACGUAUAAAAAUUUCCAUCGUAUGAA